AAAGUUAAAUACAAACCUUUACCGUUCAAUUUAUAUUUUUUUAAAUUCAAUAUGUCUGAAAAUAUCAAAAUGCAUGAUACUGAGAAUAAAAAUGAAUGGAUAAAUUGGAUUGAAGAAACUAUUGACAAAAAUCAAUUAAAAUAUUACAAAUAUGACGAAUUUAAUAACUUUCAAGAAAUUGGUACCGGGGGUUUUGGAAAAGUUUAUCGUGCAAAUUGGAAAAAUUUGGAUAAAUAUUUUGCGUUAAAGUCUUUUUUUAAUCUUAACAAUCUCACCGUUAAAGAAAUUGUUCGUGAGCUAAGAAUUCAACGUGAAGUCGAUUUCCAUGAUAAUAUUAUUCGUUGUCAUGGAAUAACAAAAUUUGAAUCAGAAAAUCAUAUUAAUAACAAUUAUAUGCUAGUAAUGGAAUACGCCGACAGUGGUAGUCUCCGAAGUUAUUUGAAAAAAAACUUUAGUAAACUUACUUGGGAUGAUAAGUACCUUAUGGCGUAUCAGUUGGCUAGCGCUGUAUCUUGCUUACAUAAUGAGGGGAUUGUCCAUCGUGAUUUGCACUCUGGCAAUAUAUUAGUCCAUCAAAACACGAUCAAAUUGGCGGACUUUGGAUUAUCAAGACGAAUUGGAGCAUCAUCCAAUUUUCAAUCCAAAGUAUUUGGGUUGGUCCCUUAUGUUGAUCCAAAAAGCUUUAGCAGGAAAAGAAAUAAUAAUAACCAAACACAAAUAUACUCAUUAAAUGAAAAAAGUGAUAUUUACAGUAUUGGCGUAUUAUUAUGGGAAUUAUCUAGUGGCCGACCUCCUUUUGAUGCUGAAGAUGGACAAUAUGAUGUUAGUUUAAUUUUGGAUAUUUCACAAGGCCAUAGAGAAACUAUUGUUCCUGAAACACCUGAGGAAUAUGUAACAAUUUAUACUAAAUGUUGGGAUGGUGAACCAGAUAAUCGUCCUACCAUAUAUCAAGUUGUUGAUUGGUUAAAGGCUUUAAUUACAAAAACAGAUAUAAUAACGGAAAAUCCUCAAUUAUCAAAUGAGCAAGAAAUCAAUGAAGCACCACCUUUAAGUACCAAUAAUUCAGAAUCACAAGGAGAAUUAUCUCAGCUUAUCCAAAAUUUUGACAAAAUGGAUACUAAAGAAUUUGAUCCUAUAGUAAUGUCAAGUAAACAAGAAAAUAUUCCAACUCAAAAAGAUUUUAACAUAAUAGCUGAUGAAAUAAUUGAUUUAGUUUUUAAAUUAUUAAAUAAAGGAGUUGGAGAAGAAUUGUUAAAAGAGCAAGUUAUUGAAUAUUUUAAUAACCAUAAUACAAAUUCACAAGAAAUUUAUAAUUGGUUAUCAAAUAAUCAAAAUAAUUCAAAUUCCAUUUUUUUACUUGGAUAUUUUAAUUUUUAUGGAAUUGAGACAAGCAGAAAUUAUGAGAAAGCAUUUAAUUUAUUUAUUAAUGCAUCAGAAAAAAAUAAUAUAUCAGCACAAUCUUUUGUUGGUAUAUGUUAUCAAUAUGGUUAUGGAACUACAAAAAAUGAUGAACUAGCUUUUAAAUAUUUUGAAAAAGUGGCUAAUAAAAAUUUCACAUAUGGAAAAUUUCAAAUUGGUUAUUAUUAUAUGAAAGGAGUAGGCAUUGAAAAAGACUUAAUAAAGGGUAUUUAUUGGUAUGAAAAAGCUGCCAAUAAUGGAAAUAUGAUAGCCAUACAUGAUUUAGGUCUUUGUUAUUUAAAUGGAGAGGGUGUCAUAAAAGAUCAUAAUAAAGCUUUUGAAUUAGUUAAGCAAUCAGUCGAAGGGGGAAAUUCAAGUGGAAUGACAACGUUAGGAUAUUGUUAUUUUAAUGGUUUUGGAACUAAAAUUGACAAGCAAAAAGCAUUUAAAUUAUAUCAAAAAUCAGCAAAUUUAGGAGACAUGAUAGCACAAUCUAAUCUUGCUUUGAUGUAUGAAAGUGGAAAUGGAAUUACAAAAGACAUAGAUAAAGCGAUUUAUUGGUAUGAAAAAUCCGCCAAACAAGGAUAUCAAAAAGCACAAAAAAAAUAUUUUGAAAUUCUUUCACUAAAAUCGUAA